AGCUGGAACCACAGUUUGGAUACUGGGAUGUUUGGAUUAUGGCGUUAACCUGCGUCUCUACUAAAGCGCUGAAUCAAGCACUAUAAACUCUUAGAAUGUAGCUGUUCGGUUCCUGCUGUGUGUUCUGUCUGACCAAGUCUCAGUGGAUUAUUAAAUAACAGGGAUCUGAGGAGAAUGGAAGCCUGUAAAGUGUUAUUGAUGAAGAUGAUGAGGAUGCACACACUCCUGCUCCUGCUGAUGAGCUCCUGUCUCACACCCAGCCUUGUCCUCUCUGAACUUUCUGUUCCCCAGAUGGUGUCCGUACAGAAGGACCUGGAGUCUCAGACACUCACUCUGUCAUGGCAGAGCGACGCCUCGUACUUUGACGUGGAGAUUUAUCACACUGAGCUCAUGGAGCUCGUCCUCAACGAGAGUAUUUAUUUGGAAGAAGACUCUAAGAAGCAGAGUCGUGAUUGGUCAUGGCGCUCGGCUGUGCCUCUGGAGUGCACCUCCCGCUCUGUACGUAUCAGAGCACGACGCGUGGACACAGUGAGCCAGUGGAGCCCCAUGCUGACCAUCCCUGGUAUGGACGUGCCAGACCAGCCUCAUGCUCAGAUGUACCCUCAGGACCGGGUGUUGGAGGUUGGCAGGAAUGUGACAGUGUGCUGCAUCACUCCGGAGGGCGUGGCCUUUAGCAGUUUGGGAUACAAGAAUCAAAACUUAGCGGUGAUCCGACUGAGCCGCAGAAGCUACAGUGCCAUCAUCACUGACCUGCACAAGUCCUCCUACUCCGGCACCAACGUCAUCUGUCUCUCUGACAGAGCCAUGCUCACCGGCACUGUGCUCUUCAUCGGCUACCCCCCGGGUGAUGAAGGUCUGCAGUGUGAGACACGGGAUCUGCAAUCAGCUGAGUGUCGCUGGAGCAAAGGACGAGACACAGGCUUACAGAAACGUGAUUUACUCACCAAAUAUACACUAAACAACAGGACUUGUACUGAAGACAGAAAGGACAGGAAGCAGUGUCGUUCUGACCACUGGGAGAGCAGCUGGACUCUGGUGGCCAAGAAUCCCCUGGGAAUAGUCCAGCUUUCUGAUACCGCCCACAUCGAGCAGCGCAUUCGUCUGCUGGCUCCAGUGAAUGUAAAAUCAGAGGCUGAGGCAUGGAAGGCUCGUGUUAGGUGGAGCUGGACAGUGAAGGACUAUAAAACACUGUCCCUGCUGUGUGAGGUGCAGCUGGACAGUGGAGGACAAGCCCAAACUCGUAACUACACUGGAGUGGGACUCUCCUCCGUAGUGUUGGACAGGCUGAGGCCAGACACUGAGUACUCGUUCUCUAUCCGCUGUGCAUCUCUGCAGAAUUUCUGGCGCUGGGGAGACUGGAGCGCCCCCUACAGCCUACAUACGCACAUGGACCGACCUAAAGCUCCAGACAUAUGGGUGUGGAGAACCAGCGAAGUUACAGGACAAGUCCUGUGGAAGUCUCUCUCACCAAGGGACAGUCAUGGUGCUCUGACGGCAUAUGAAGUAUCUCAGAGGGAAGGAGAGGAAGAUGGCUGGACAACGAUAUCUCUCCCUCCGAGUGUGUCCAGAACUCCCAUCAGUCUUAGCAACAGCAGUGACAUCAUGGUUGCCGUGGCAGCACGAAACCCGGUUGGACUUUCUCAGCUCAGCACAGUCAUCGUCCCACAAUACACUGCAGACUCUGAGUUUUCUGUAUCUGAUCUGGUGGCUAAUGGAGGAGGUUUAACCGUUUCCUGGAGCCACAAUCAUAACUUCACACAAGGCUACGUGGUGGAGUGGCUGCCGACCUGCUGCCCCGCCUCCACUGCCUGCUCUGUCCAAUGGGAGAGAGUUUCCCCCUCCAACACCAGCAUCAUCAUCCAAUCAGGAUCUUUGGACCCUGGAGUGCAGUACACCAUCUCCAUUUUCAGUUUGCUUCCUGAAGCUUCUGUCCUGUUACAGAGGCAUUAUGGAUAUGGACAGGAACAGGUUUCUUCUGUGUCUGUGGGAUUGCUGUCUGCUCUUCAGUCAGGCUCAGACAUUGUUCUUUCCUGGACUCCAGUUCCUGUGUGUGACCAAAAAGGCUUUAUACUUGGACACACUGUUUAUCUGGCAGAUGCCUCCAACCUCAGCCUCAUAGCCAAUCUGAGCGAUCCUGCAUUGAGCUCUUACACAGUAAAGAAUCUGCCUCUGGGCUCUUACAAGUUCACGGUGAGGUCGUACACUUCAGCUGGCGAGGGAAUGGAGUCCACCGUCGCCAUCAAAACCGAGUCUGACUCUAAUCUGAUGUUGGUGGAGAUCCUGGUGGCAUUGGGAGCCAUGUCCUUCUGCCUCAUCAUCAUCACCAUUUUCUGCUACAAGAAGAGAGACUGGGUGAAGAACGCGUUCUAUCCUGAGAUUCCUGGCCCCAAACUCACUGGAGACUGGUCAGCUGCACCGGGUCCUCUGGACCUGAAGCCCCCCCCACACAGUCUGGUGCACAUUGUGGAGAGUCCCGACAAGGACGGGCUUUUCACGGCUCCAGGUGGACAAGAAGAAGGACGUGGUGAUGACGAGAAUGAUAACCAGAACAUUGAAAUGGACACAGACUCGGACGAACCUGCUCUGCUACGCUACUACAACCAGCUGGUCAGCGACACCUCUGAUUGUUCCUCCAGCUCCACAGAUUCAGCGCAAACACAGGUGACAUACACUGGAAUCCAAAGCCCCGCCUACCGCCCCCAGAAUCAGCCUGAGGAUUCCCAGGAGGUGGAGCCCCAGGAGGAGAGUCCCAGUGUGGGCUACAAGCCGCAGUGCUCAUGGAGGCCCGAUUCUCCAGAAAAUGAAAACUUCUCGCUGGGAAGCCCGACCUCGGUGACUUCAUCACAGUUCCUCAUCCCGGAAUCCUCAGAGGAUCAUCCAGAGUCUUCGGGAAGCUGGUUCCAAAACCUUCUCUCCGGAAAAUUCUGAUUAGCAUUUAGCUUUACCAGUCAGACAUCACUGCUUCUCAUUAAAGGCAUCAUGGAUGGAUGGACAGAUUUCUCUCAUCCUUUUAAAUUUGUGUUGUUUCUAUCAAGGAUGUUUAGCAUUACUGACAUUUAGCAUUACUGACAUUUAGCAUUACUGACAUUUAGCAUUACUGACAUUUAGCAUUACUGACGUAAAACAUUACUGACAUUAGCGUUCUUUUUCAGAGGAAUCUGCUGAAAUAGGGAGCACAGAGAGACAAAGUCUGGCAGUUCUGCGGAAAUAUUUGCAGUGUUCCUGUCACUCAGCUGGCCAACAUUAUCAGCUUAUGGCCACCAGUUUAGCAUCAGGCUGAAUUGUUUAUCUAGUUGUAACUCUUCGUCCUGUAGAAGGCGAUGUGCUGAACCACCUGCUGUCAGUUCUGGUGUUUAACAGUUGGACCCAUCAGACCUUAUGAAGUCCUUUGAUGUUUAAUGGACAGGUCACAUUAACUCCAGUAUAAGCUCAUUGAUUUGAUGGCAUUAUUUGGAAAAUGAACAGUAACCUGGGGGUGGAGCUUCAGAGAAAUCAGAUCACAGGACACUUGAUUGAUUGUCUGUGUAACACUACGAUGCAUAUUCUUUUAUAUUUUUACUAAGUGCUUUGACUUUAUUGCCUUAAAGUAUUCACAGAUUAUUAGCUUUUGCUCUGCCGUUACACGAAAACAGAACCAGGCAAUGUUUGUUUACACGUCAUACGUUUCUCUCUUCCUGAAGUGCUUUAUUUAAGGUCUUAAAGAUGUUAAAAUAAUCCUAAGUAUUGCAGAUGCUUUAGCUUAGCAAAAUCUGACGUUCUCAUCUAACUGGAUGUGAUUAACUGAGAUGUGCUGUUUAUUUAGCGCCGGAGUUACCAUGCUAAUGUUGCUAAGUCUCAGAAGUCACCCCAAAUUCUUUUCCAGAACCUCACUAUACCCUCCAUCAUAACUCUGUCACCACCACCUCAGAUUUUGCCUCUCUAGAUUGACACCCUAACUUUAACCCUAACCCUAUCUCUAUACCUCAUCUCCAAGCCCACACCCUCUACAGCCUGUCCUACUGUAUAGGAUGCACCUUCUAGGCCUUGCCCCUAGUCUUUAGCCCAAAGCCUCACCCCAGUCACCCCAGUAGACCACAUUCUUUAGGUUUCACUUCCAAAAGCCAGAUUGUUGAAUUGUUUUUUUUUUUUUUUUAAAUAAUGCAUAUCCAUACUAAAGAAUAUCAAUAAUAAUUACAGAGCGUAAUGAUGACCUUAUUAGCAACAUUAGCUGCUUAGUGAUGUUAGCCUUAUAGUUGCAGUUGAAAUGAAUGAGUCACGUCUUAUCUGAUUGAUUUUCUUUGUGCUGAAGGUCAUGAUAUUAAGUGUGUGCGUGCGUGUGUGUGUGUUGUAUUAGUAGGGUUAGUGCUCAGCUCUGAGCAGCUGGGAAACCCUAUAAGCACAAACCCUUCAUCUCAUUUGCCAGUGCCAGUCUGACCGUCUCUGUCCACAACUCGAUGACCGAUAAUCUCUCACACUGUACCUGGGGUGUGUCUCCAGAGCAGGAGGGUGUCUAGCAUUUUAUAGCAGAGAUGAAGUUUGUCUCAUUCAGAAGGCAGCUUGAGGGCAGGUGUUAUGGGACUUAUUCAUUACUUUUAUUAGAUUUAAUUUCAGAAAGGGCUGAAGAGGAACUGGAUCAGUGGUUACAUUAGCUAGCUUACAUGUUAACCACAGCCUCUCCAAGUCAUUUGUUUAAACUAAUUUGAGUCUAAGCUAAAAAAAAAAAACGUGUAGCUAUAGCAUCAUCUUACUGUCAUAAAGCAUUGUCAUAUGACUGUAAUUGUGGCUGUUAUUGCGUUCGAAUUUAUCAGCACACACUGUGUGUGUUUUUGUGUGUGUGUGAGAGAGAAUGUAGUUACUGAAGCUUUAAAUACUACUGUGAGAUUUGACAAGGGCCAUGGAUUUAUUAAGGUCGCUAAUCUUUUGAAAUAAUUAAUGAAGCAGCAUUUGGACUUGAUUCAUUUUGUGCAGUUUAAUGUGUCAGUUUUUACAGAUGUUGAUGUGAAGCUCAUUCAAUGUUUAAAUUACUGCCUAUUGUUUUUUUUACUUAAUGAAGUUUAUUUUUUUCUCUGAAAUGUAUGUAAUUUGACACUAAGCUCGAAUCCCUUUUUAACACUUCCCCUUAUUCACUUCUGCUUGAUUGAGUGCCCUUGCUUGUAAAGACUUUUUAACUUUUAUUGAAAUAUGGGAAAUGAGCAUUAGAUAACGAUGGAGUGGACAUCACUGUGGACUUCAAAAGCAUGGAAACUGGAAAGUUAAAGUAGAUGAUGUUUGUUUGCAUUUCCUCCAUCUGUAUAUAGCAGCUGAGAGAACUGUGCUGAUGGAUCUGAGUGCACUUCAGAGGUGUUUUGGAUCACUGUAGCUGCGUGCAUUUGGGUCAUUUGGGAGAAGUGGACUAGAGCACAGGAGUAACUGAAUUGGACCUGUAAGAGCAGGAUGUGGAAGCUGCUGUGAUAUAUUCAUCAUUUACAAGAUGGAUGUUGCACUUCAUUUUUAUUUUUUUAUUUUCACACAAGUUUAAGCUGACAAAAUGUACAUAUGAUUUGUUUAAUGUGUGUUAAUUUCAUAUAUUGGCCAGGAAAGUCACAACACAAAUGUCACUGUUACCAAUGUUCUUGGGUGGAGGUUCCCUAGGCAUUAUGAGAGCAGCUUCCUGUCUUCCAGCAAUCUAAUUUUGGGCAGAUCUAAUUACAGGCAGCAAUCUACUGGAAAUCUAGUUCACUACAUAGGGGGCAGAAUGCCUUGCAGGAUACAGUUGGAACUUUAGUGCACUACAUAGGGAGUAGGAUGUAGGGAGCUGUGUGGGCUUCAUUGUGUAAUGACACUAAUAAUAUCAGUGAUAUAUUGAAUCUAACAGAUCAAAUACAACACUAACACUGUCGUGUGUCUGUGUGUGUGAGCUCUAUAUACUCUGAGACAUUACCUUACAGUAUAUAUAGUCGACAAUAAAGAGUUCAGUUGUA